UAUUUAAUAUUUUCCAAAAAAUCUUGAACUUGUGUUUUGUGAACUUGUAUUGUAGCAAAACUUUACCUUGUGCAAUAUUGUGUAAAUAAUUUCAUAACAAUAAUGAUCCCAUGUGAAUCGUCGAUCGAAGUUUUCAUAUUUAACUAAAAAAUCAGAUUUAAGUGAACACUUAGUAAAAAUGUUAAGCAGAAUUCCUAAAGUGGUGAGGUAUGGUUUGUACGGUGGUGUAGCUAUAGGUGGUACAGUGGUGACUUUAAAAUAUAAUGGUACAGAUUACAAUUCAUUAGCUAUUGUGAGGCUCAGUAGGACUGCUUAUACGGCAGUGGAUAUCGGUAGGAUGUAUAAGAAAAUGUUGUACAGUCAAGAAUGGGACAAAUCAUCUAAGGAGUACAUAAAGGUCAAAAGAGAAGCUCAUCAGAUCGGGGCGAAUAAGUUACUCGAACUGUGCAUAGCUAAUAAAGGAGUGUAUAUCAAGGUCGGACAGCAUGUAGGAGCUCUCGACUACCUGUUGCCCAGUCAAUAUGUACACACGAUGAGAGUUUUACAUAAGGAUGCCCCAAAGAACACGGUUGAAGAACUGUAUAGAGUAAUAAAAGAUGACUUGAAGCAAGAUCCAAAUGAAUUAUUUUCGGAAUUUGAUGCAGAACCAUUGGGUACAGCUUCAUUAGCACAGGUGCAUAGAGCUAAGCUAAAGGAUGGCACAGAAGUAGCUGUAAAAGUACAACAUCACUUUGUCAAAAAGAACACAAAAAUAGACCUAAAAUGGAUGGAGUUUAUUAUUUACACAAUGUCAAAAGUGUUUCCCGACUUCCAAUUGCAAUGGUUGGUGGACGAGACGAAGAAAAAUAUUGCCAAAGAAUUAGACUUUUUACAGGAGGGUAAGAAUGCUGAGAAAGUGGCGGAACUGUUUAAAGAUUACAAGUGGUUGAAAGUUCCAAAGAUAUUUUGGGACUACAGCACCUCGAGGGUUCUGGUUAUGGAAUAUGUGAAGGGUGGUCAAGUCAAUAAUGUGAAGUAUCUUGAUGAGCACAAUAUAAACAGACCUGACUUAUGUAGAAAGUUAGGUGAUCUGUACUCGCACAUGAUUUUUGUUACUGGUUUUGUACAUAGUGAUCCACACCCAGGAAAUAUUCUAGUCAGGAAGGACCCAGACGAUAAAGAUGUUACUGUUUAUUUAUUGGACCAUGGAUUGUAUGCUCAACUAACAGACAAAUUCCGCUACCACUAUUCAAAACUGUGGCUCUCAAUAAUAGCUCGAGACAAAGAUCAAAUUAAGGAACAUGCAGAGCAUCUGGGUAUACAAAAGGAUUUGUAUGGACUAUUUGCAUGUAUGGUAACCGGACGACCUUGGGACGUUAUAAUGAAAGGGAUUGACAGAACAAAACCAUCAGAUUCAGAGAAGUCGACAUUCCAAAGCGAAUUACCCAAUUUCUUACAUCAUGUAACACAAUGCUUGGAGCAUGUUGACCGACAAGCGCUACUGGUGUUGAAAACUAAUGACCUCAUACGUAGUAUUGAAUAUGCGUUGGGUAUGCAGGAACGAAUGUGCGGAUUCCUCGUCAUGACUAAAUGCUGCAUGGAGAGUAUAUACCGACUUGAGUAUAAGAACACCAAGUCGACAGCGAAGAAACAGUAUCUAAACACAAAAUAUUGGUGGUCAGUAUUCGUCCUGUAUAUCUACAGCUACUAUUUGUCUCUACGCAACAUGUUGGCGCUUAGCUAACACUUUUAAUACCAACGAUUUCUUGUUAAUGUAUGUUUAAGGCAUGAAUGUAAAAUAUUUUUUAUCACGGUUUAUAUUUUCUGAAUCUACCUAAGAUUUAUACAAUGCAGACAAUAUUUGUAAUAUUUGGAGGCCAUUAAAACGUCAGUAGAUAGUAAACCGUGAUAAGAUUACUUAUAAUAGUUUUAUUUAGUAAGCACACCAAUGUUAUUGAUAGCCAAAAAUUAUUUAUUUUCUUAUCAUAUUCUGACUAUAUUUUUAGAUGUUUUAUAGCUUAAGCCGACGACAAAAGUUGGUGUACAUCAGAAAUAUGAGUGUAAUGUUUUAGAAGUCAAUUUAAAUAAAUUUGAUAAUUUGCCGCAUAACAAUUGAAAAUCUAUUGUGUCAGCGAUACCCACGAUGGAUGUGCUACAAAGGGCGUUACUUGGAAGUUGAGUACUUACCCACUUUUUAUUUGGCAAAAAUAUACUUAGUCAUUUUCUCUUUUUAUUUAAA